GCCGGUGCGGCCGCGUCUCGACGUGUCACCGGAGGCGCCGUGGCUGUGGCCGGGAGAAGGAGCUCCGGCGAGGGAGAGUUCGCGGCGGUGGGUGGCGGCGGCGACCCGGGCCUGGAACAGCCCCGGCGCGGAGGCGUCCCGGGGUUCGUGGGGUACGGCGGCAGCGGGCCGGGCCGCGCGGGGCGCGAUGCUGAACAUGUGGAAAGUGCGGGAGCUGGUGGACAAAGCCACCAAUGUGGUUAUGAAUUAUUCAGAGAUUGAGUCUAAAGUUCGAGAAGCAACGAAUGAUGAUCCUUGGGGACCUUCUGGGCAGCUCAUGGGAGAGAUUGCCAAGGCUACUUUUAUGUACGAACAGUUCCCAGAACUUAUGAACAUGCUUUGGUCCCGAAUGCUGAAAGACAACAAAAAGAACUGGAGAAGAGUUUAUAAGUCGUUGCUGCUCCUCGCUUACCUCAUAAGAAAUGGAUCGGAGCGAGUUGUUACAAGCGCCAGAGAGCACAUUUAUGAUUUGCGAUCCCUGGAAAAUUACCACUUUGUAGAUGAACACGGCAAGGAUCAAGGUAUCAACAUUCGACAGAAAGUAAAGGAGCUAGUUGAAUUUGCACAGGAUGAUGACAGGCUUCGAGAAGAGCGAAAGAAAGCAAAGAAGAACAAAGACAAGUAUGUUGGAGUCUCCUCAGACAGCGUUGGUGGAUUCAGAUACAAUGAAAGAUAUGAUCCUGAACCCAAGUCCAAAUGGGAUGAAGAAUGGGAUAAAAACAAGAGCGCUUUUCCAUUCAGUGAUAAGUUAGGUGAGCUGAGCGAUAAGAUCGGAAGCACAAUCGAUGACACCAUCAGCAAGUUCCGGAGGAAAGACCGGGAGGACUCUCCGGAACGCUGCAGUGACAGCGAUGAAGAAAAGAAAGCAAGAAGAGGCAGAUCUCCCAAAGGUGAAUUCAAAGACGAAGAGGAAACAGUGACGACGAAGCAUAUCCAUAUCACACAGGCCACAGAGACCACCACAACCCGGCACAAGCGCACAGCUAACCCUUCCAAAACCAUUGAUCUCGGAGCAGCAGCACAUUACACAGGGGACAAAGCCAGCCCGGAUCAGAACGCUUCAACCCACACACCUCAGUCUUCAGCGAAGCCCUCAGUGCUGAGCAGCAAGUCAUCAGGGGACCUCGUUGACCUGUUUGAUGGCAACAGCCAAUCAGUGGGAGGAUCCACUGACUUAUUUGGGGGAUUUGCUGACUUCAGCUCAGCUGCUGCAUCAGGCAAUUUCCCUUCCCAAGCAACAAGUGGGAAUGGAGACUUUGGUGACUGGAGUGCCUUCAACCAAGCCCCAUCAGGCCCCGUUGCUUCCGGUAGUGAGCUCUUUGGCAGCGCCCCACAGCCUGCAGUAGAACUCAUCAGUGGCUCACAGCCAGCUUUAGGCCCACCUCCUGCUGCCUCAAACUCCUCAGACCUGUUUGAUCUUAUGGGCUCAUCCCAGGCAACCAUGACAUCUUCCCAGAGUAUGAAUUUCUCUCUGAUGAGCACUAAUACUGUGGGGCUCGGUUUGCCUAUGUCAAGAUCACAGCCUCUGCAGAACGUUAGUGCAGUGCUGCAGAAGCCUAACCCUCUCUAUAAUCAGAAUGCAGAUAUGGUCCAGAAGUCGGCCAGCAAAACCCUGCCCUCUACUUGGUCUGACCCCAGCGUCAACAUCAGCCUAGACAACUUACUACCUGGUAUGCAGCCUUCCAAGCCCCAGCAGCCAUCGCUUAACACAAUGAUUCAGCAACAGAAUAUGCAACAGCCUCUGAAUGUGAUGACGCAAAGCUUUGGAGCUGUGAACCUCAGUUCUCCGUCAAACAUGCUUCCUGUCCGGCCACAAACUAACCCUCUGAUGGGGGGACCCAUGCCUAUGAACAUGCCCGGUGUGAUGACGGGCACCAUGGGGAUGGCCCCUCUGGGAAACGCCCCAGUGAUGAGCCAGGGCAUGGUGGGCAUGAACAUGAACAUGGGGCUGUCAGCCACGGGGAUGGGCUUGGCAGGCCCAGUGGGGAUGGGCGUGCCCAACAUGGCCAUGCCUUCUGGAACUGUGCAGCCCAAGCAAGAUGCCUUUGCAAACUUUGCCAACUUUAGCAAAUAAAAGAUCAUAAAGAAGCAAGUGGAAGAAGAAUGUGUAGCUGCAAGUAGGUGAUGCUGGGAUGGAAAGUGCUAAGCAGUUCCCUUUUCUUUUAUCAGUUAAUUAAAUAACCCACAUAAAGAACCAAAAAGUCUGAGGCAUAAAGUGAAGUGUCUGGUACUUCAGAAGCAACACAAACCCACUUCAGACGAGGCAGUCAGGAUCGAUUUCCCCAGUGAAGAUGCCCAACUCAUGGUGAGGAGACCGCAAAGGCCUUUCCGAGUCGGAGAGCGCAUGUCACAGGAUAGUCCGUGGGAGGACUGGCACAGGGCUGAGGAAAUGUGCUUCUCUCUAACUUUAUACUUUGCUUUUCCUGAGGAACUUGAUUUUUCUGUCCCUCAGUCGCCUUGUCACAAUUGGGUCUGUUCCUUUACUACCACUCUCGAGUCCAUAUACGAAAUCAUUAAAGUUGGAUGAUCAGUUUUUUAUAAAAAUAUAUAUUUUUGUCCAAAAAAAGGCAUACAUAUGUGAUUAUGGCUAAAUCAAAGGUAGCUAGAUGUAUAUACCUUUGCCGAGGUCCCAGCAACACUGCUGACAGGCCAUCUGAGUUCUUACAGGAUUGAACCCUGUGUCCACAGCUGGCAUAGCUGUGAGCUUCACCCAUGUCUCCUUCUAUAACUGCCCCGUGCAGAACUGGGAAAACGUUUUUUUUUCAGGACUGCACGCACUGCGGUUUCCUUUAAAAGCUGGAGAAGGAAGACCUUUUGUGUCGUUUGUCUGCAGCAGUUGGUGGCUGCACUUUGCAGUGAUUGACUUGGCAAGGCUGCCUUCUGUGCACCUCCCCGUAGCCAUCAUUCAAGUCAGAAACAGUCAGAAGAGAAAAAUAUUUAUUUUUAUCUUUUUUGGUGUCUUUUCAAAAAAUUGAAAGGUAAAAAUGCAUUAAAACCUUAAGUUAAAUAUAAAUUUUAGGACUCAGCCAUGUUCACGUUUAGAUUUUAUACAGUAUUUGUUUUGUUUGGGUUUCGAGUGUCUAUAUUACGGCAUUAGCAAUAUGGUUCCAAUAGAAGUUCGAUAUAUAUUAUUAAAGGAGACCUGUAGCAGUCAGAGAUUUUAUUGAUUUAAUGACAAAUAAAGGAAGUUAAUUAAAUUUUUUGUUUUCCUGCUGUGAUUCUGCAUUAAGCUCACGUGAAAAUCAUGAUGCUAGAGUUUGGAAUGCAAAAUUAAAUGUUUCAGCCUCAAGCUGGGAAUAUUUUUUAAAAUAAAUACUAUAAGUAUCGAAUUAUUACCUCCCCACUUAUGUUGAAAAUUUUUUUAUUCAAUUGAUACAACUUUGUUUCCAUUGUAUUCAUGAUGUUCUGUUAUAUAUAACAUUAAAAUGUUCAUUAAAAUCAACGUGGAACCGCCUCUUCCCUCACUCCACUAGACGCAAGGCCAUUUGGGGAAAAAUAAUUAUAAUUUGGGCAAAGUAAUUUUUAUAAAUAAUUUAAAAUUAUUUAAUGACUUCUCUAUUCUUUGCUAUCAGGCUCUGCUGUCAGGAAUUAAACAUGAAGCGGCAGAGACGCCCUGGCCCGCUCCGCUCUCGCUAAUGUCCCAUCUACAACAUUUCUAAUUAGGCAGAAAUCCAUGUACCUCAGCUAAGUGGGCAGGAAAAGUGAUUCAUUUGCUGAAUAAGAGAUGAGAGAGGGUGUAAUUAGCUGACUGUGGUUUUUAAUCUUUCAACA